GCUGGGGCAAACAGUCUGAGGCGCAGUGCGCACGCGCGACGCGGCCAUCCCGACACCGCAACUCAUCCAAUACGCCAAACAACCCCAAAGGACGGCAUACAACGCAGCCCGGUCCAUUCCUUCGGCAGCCCAGCCAUUCCUUCGGCAGCCCAGCCCGCAUCGACGGCAUCAGCAGCACUCGACGGAACGCAUCGUUAGGCAGCCGUCGCAGCGCCGCAGCGAUGCGCAGACCACGGCGCGGCACCGACUCGGAAACCGCCAGCAAGCCGCUGCUCACGACGCGGCGGCGCUACCACAUCGCGCUCGGCGCCGCGCGGCAGCUGCUCGCGGGCGGCGAGCUGUCAGCGACGGGCUGCGGCGCGCUCAAGAACCACAUCUUCGAUGAUGAUGGGCGCGUGGCCGCGGCGGUCGAGAUUUUUUGGCUGAACGACGACGGCGACGCGCUGCUCGCGACGCUGCGCGCGCUCGGGCUCGGGGCGGCGCCCGGGUAAGCAGACGUGUAG